AUGGGGACGAACAGUGUUGUAUCCUACUGUCGCUUGACUGACAAGACGGAAGUCGAGAUCUUGGGGGAAUGGGGAUACCUAUCCAAAUAUCGUAUCCUCUGGCUCGCUGGCUUGCUUUGCAGUGCAGUUCGUGUGGGUGUAUUCCCCUCUAGAGCUCCCCUCUUCAAUUUGAUGCAGCGAGUCCGGAUCGUAGUGUACGAUCUGAAACGAUACUAUAUUAUGCUAUGCUUGCUUGCUGGCUCCGGAACUGCAGAUUUCCACGGUAGAAAGAUCACGCUACGCAAAUUUCUGCAACAUUCAAAAUGA